GUAAAAAAAGAAGUGCUAGUGAUAAGGACUUGACUGAAGAAAGAAGUCAUUUCUUCAAAAAAAUCCAACAAUUCUAUCCUCCUCCAUCUGAGUUAGCUGAUACUAGAAAAUUUAAGGAUUACCAAGAUGAAAAGGAUCCCUUCAUCCUAAACUACCGUCCAUCUUCUGCAGCUGGUCUGCCUGUAACACUCUGCAGUGACAUCCUAGCAAAGUUUCAGGAUGAUGCCAAGGGCAUUGAGCUGAACAAAUUUGAUAUUAUAUUUGUUUGUGAGCUCUCAAAUAAGAUGUGUUCAUUUUUCCCAGAUGAGAAUGCAAGGAGAAAUUGCUUUCAUAAACUAAUGAGUUCAUAUCUCAACAGAGUGUUUGACAUCUAUAAUUUUGGAAAUAAUCAAACAACAGAUGGUAGCAUUAUGUUUACCAAAGGAAACUUUCAAGUGCCUCUGUUGAACUUAGAGGUGAAGCCAGAGAUUGGAAUGGGAAAUGGGUGUGCAUAUGUGCAGUCAACUGUUUACUAUGUAGAAUUUAUCAAGAAAUUUACAAAUAGCCCUGCAAUUUCUCAAUCUCAAUUUCCAGUAUUCUUGGUGUACCUAGUAGGGCCAUACAUGGGUGUAGCUGGAGCUGUAUUUAUGGGAAAGCCAGUAUGUGAACCCCUUACACCUGUGAUGCCCCUCUUCUAUCUCCCUCACCAUGAAAAAAUAAUAUUGGAGACUGCUUAUGUGGUCAAGGCUUUGAAAAUGGCCCUUAUCAACUUGGAAACAUUUUAUGAUCAGCUAAGCCAACACAGCGAAAUAAUUAGAACUCAUCAGCCAUCCUUCCCAUGUUUCAACAAAGCAAAUAUUGGAGAGUCUAUUGCCAAUAUCACCUAUGUUAAAAGGGUAGAAAAUCACUACGUUUUUCAAGCAAUAAUGAAAUACAAUAAUGGAUCAUCUCAACAUAUUGCUGGUGGAUGGUGA